CAUUCAUAAAACUCUUACCUCAAGAAAGGGUUAUGAGAAACGGAAGCGCUUUGUUUUGAGAGGAAUAGGUGAAAUACCAAGCCAAAUCCGAUGCAUAUACAACGAUAAGAAAGGAAUGAAAAGUAUCGAAACAUUUCUCUGACCUGAAACUUAACAAGAUGUCUUCAAACAUAUAUUGACAUCCGCUUGUUAUCUUCUAAAUUUAAAAUCAAAAUUACAUAAUUGCUCGAUAAUAACAUUUGAUAAAUCACAAAGCCAGCUAAUCGCUUUUCGGAUAAGCAAAGGGGUUUUGUGCAAUAAAACUUGCAAUGGGUGCCAAAUUAAGUAUGUCUAAUUCAAGCUAAAGCUAACUUGUAACUACUUUCUCCACAUAUGCAAUCAGUUAAACAAGUAGUUAAUUAUCCUAACCGGAUUUCAAAAAUAAACGCCAUUAGCGAAAUCCCAUAAAGGGGGCAGCAAUAUUGAAGGUGUUGCACGUUAAUGGAUUUCAAUACCGUUAUUAACUUAUUAAUUCCCAUAUUUAUUCUGUUACUUUCCCGCGUUUAGAGCAGAAAGUACUUCAAUGACACGCGUCAACAACCCAAAAGCCCCAUGAUUCUAUAUUACCUUCAAUGUACUUUUAUUUUAUUUUCUUGCUUUGAGCUAGAAAAGUUGAUAAUUGGAAUAAAGUACUGAAAGAAAAUCAUAAAUUCCCAACAAAUGAAGUUAGAAUCGACAGAUAAAGCCGAUUUUUAAGCAAUAAAAUCAGGUUUAAUUACCCAAUAAAACUAACAAAUAUUUAGAGAAAAGAAAAAAAGAAAAAUCAUGCCAAUUUUUAUUUAAAUUCCUUUAUCAUAUUCUGUCCCUGCCUUUCUCUAGAUUUGAUCACCAAUCUUGAUAUUUUAUCAUGACUGGUGUCAAUCAAUCUUCAGCUUCUUCCUGGUACAUUUUUCCAUUUUCCUUUUCAGCUUCUGGGUUUAAAAAUAACCAUCAAUAACAUUGUUCUCAGUUUUAUAUAUUUCUGAUAAUGGUUAAAGGCUUUCGAACUAUUCAUAUCGGAUUAGGAAUAUUCCAAGCCACCCGUAAUGGUUCGGGCGACACGAUAGAAAAAAAUGAAGAAAAGGCAGCAAUUAAUUGCUCAGAAGAAGAAAAGGCAGAUGUUCGUGUUGCCGGCAGAUUCUUAAAACGUUCAGGAUUUUCCGAUUCUUUUAUAUCUCAUGAUCUUUUCUCAGACACGAAAUCUUUCGAUGUAGAGGAAGGAGAGGGGAAGAAGGAAUGCGAAAAAACCGGUGCGGUGGAGAAAGGCGAAUCGGAAUGUUUGUCUAGAGAAGGAGUAGAGGAUCACAGAUCAAGUGGCUCAGAAGCUGAAACAGAUUCUAAAGCCAGCACUUCAGGAUCGGAUGGUCAUCCACAUCAUAACUUAGUUGCUACGCAAUGGCGCGAUUUCUUUCGGGUCUUUAAGAAAGGAAAUGUGAAAAGUUUUCAGACAUUCCCUCAUAAGAAACACGGCCCGAGGCUUACAAGAAGUAAAACCAGAAAAAUGAGAGAGGAAUUGAUUCCGGAUAUGACUUCUCCUCUCGAUACUGAUCUUUGUUGUUUCAAAUCUUCCUGGAAAAACUUUGCAUUGUCCGAUAUCCGAGCUGCAACUAAUGAUUUUAGCCCUGAAAAUUUGAUUGGAGAAGGAGGAUAUGCAGAAGUUUACAAAGGGGAAUUAGAAGACGGGCAGUUCGUUGCGAUAAAGAGGCUGACCAGAGGUUCUCCAGAAGAGAUGACAGUUGAUUUCUUAUCUGAGCUUGGAAUUAUGGCUCAUGUUGAUCAUCCCAAUAUUGCUAAAGUGAUUGGAUAUGGUGUUGAAGGAGGGAUGCAUCUUGUUCUUCAAUUGUCCGCCCAUGGAAGCUUAGCAUCUUUACUUUACGGGCCAAGAGAAAAACUUGAUUUUGGACUCAGAUGUAAAAUUGCAUUAGGAACUGCCAUUGGCCUUCAAUAUCUACAUGAAGGCUGCCAAAGGAGAAUUAUUCAUAAGGAUAUUAAGGCUUCUAAUAUAUUGCUCAGCGAAGAUUUUGAGGCACAGAUUUCUGAUUUUGGACUUGCAAAAUGGUUACCUGAGCACUGGACUCAUCACACUGUAUCAAAAGUUGAAGGCACAUUCGGUUACAUUCCUCCUGAGUUCUUCAUGCAUGGGAUAGUUGAUGAAAAAACAGAUGUUUAUGCUUAUGGUGUACUACUGCUAGAGCUCAUUACUGGAAAGCAAGCUGUAGACAGUUCUCAGCAAAGCCUUGUGAUGUGGGCAAAACCAUUGCUUAUGAAGAACAGUAUCAAAGAACUUGUCGACACAAUUCUCGGAGAUUCCUACGAUGAGAAACAGUUGGAACGUUUGGUCCUAACCGCUUCUUUUUGUAUACAUCAGACUUCGACGCAGCGACCUCAAAUGAAUCAAGUAGUAGAGAUUCUGCAGGGAAAUGAACAUGUUUUAGAAGAGGUAAAAAGCCAGCAGAAUUCAAUGCAUCAAAGAACAUACUCUGAGGAGCUUCUUGAUGCAGAUGAAUAUAACUCAACAAAGCAUCUAAACGAUCUAAAUCGACACAUGGAAGUUCUUUUAGACAGUCACGGAAGCUCGAAGAUUAAAGAAGAUCUCGAUCUUGAAUAGUUUUUGUUCAAACUUGAUUCUUCCAUGAAUCUGUAUAUAUUCUGUGCCACGUAGAAGGCUGAAAAGAUGUCGAUAGCAGAAAAAAAAGGCGAUAACAACAUCGGAAAUGAAAAAAAAUGUAUACUGGCUGAGUAAUUGAUGAUGUAUAUCAGCUAUUGUUGUGUAUAAAAUAUGUGUGAUCAAAAUGUUAAGGAAUGUGAAUGUUGUAAUCUGUAAAAUACAUCUAAAAAUUCCAUUUGUGUGAAAAAAACUGUAGAAGACUUUUUUGAUCUGAUCAUGAGGUGUCCUUAACGGGUUCCAACUAUGAAACGGCACCUUUAAGCCUUCCA